AUGACUGAGUUUGGAGAUUUUAUAAGUGCUCUGGGGGAGUUUGGGCUAUAUCAGAAAUUGCUGGUACUGUUCCUCUCCCUCCCACAACUUCUUAUUCCUUUCCAAAUGAUUGGCCAAAUGUUCAUGGUUGUGGAUGUGCCUCAUCACUGCAACACCAGCUGGAUCCGUGCCAUCGGCCCCAACCUGACAGAGGAAGAGCCGCUGAACCUCACCCUGCCCCGGGACGCAGAUGGAGCGUACGAGCAGUGCUCCAUGUACUCGCCGGUGGACCGGGACCUCGGCUCCAUUGUGGCGUACGGCCUGAACGCCACAGAGAAAUGCAGCAGUGGCUGGGUGUACCCCUCAGCACAACCGCCGUCCCUGCUGACCGAGUUUGACCUAGUGUGUGACAGGAAGGACCUGAAUGACAUCUCCCAGUCCAUCUACAUGUUGGGGCUUCUCCUAGGAGCCGUGAUCUUUGGGCCACUAAGUGACAGGAUAGGCCGUCGGCCAGUCUUUCUGAUCUCCAACCUCCUCCAGGGCUUAUUUGGUGUAGGAAUUGCCUUUGUGCCCCAUUUCUACGUAUACAUGGCCUUCAGAUGUGUCGUGGGGGCUUCAGUGUCAGGAAUUCUGAUUACUGCCUUGGCCUUGGCUGCAGAAUGGGUUGGUGUCUCCUCCCGGCCAAAGGCAGUGCUUAUUUCUCUCUGCUUUUUCUCCAUCGGACAGAUGGUUUUGGCUGGCUUGAGUUAUGGUAUUCGCAACUGGAGGCUGCUGGAGAUUGCAGGAUCUGCUCCUGUAUUUGUCCUUUUCUUCUACAUCUGGGUGCUGCCAGAGUCGGCUCGGUGGCUGGUGACAAAAGGCAGAAUAGAAGAAGCUAAGAAAGUCAUUCAGAAGGCAGCAUCCAUCAACAAGCGCCCCAUCCCACCAGGACUCCUUGAGCAG